AUAAAACAAUCAAUACUUCACAGUAGUUAUUUACGUGGUGUACAUCCCCUACUACGCUGUCGUUCAAGCCGCUACACGUAGUACGCUCUAGUCGACUUGCGUUCAUUUGUCGACGGAACGCCGACGAGUUCGAAGCGUUAGUUAGUUAAAAUCGGCCUGCAAACAUUACUACGAACUACGGCUAGUGGGCUUGCAAUUGCCAGUGAAAGUGUUUCAGCAUUUGCGAUUGUGUGUGAGUGUUUGUGUGCAAAAGUGCACGUGAGCAAGUGAGUUUUUGAACGACUCUGUGUCUGUGUCUAAAGCGUCGGACGAUCGAAGAUGAUGCAGCAAAAGUGCCCGAAUAUACCAGCGGUGUUUGCUGAGGCGGAUGUGUUCAUUACCGGGGGUACGGGAUUUAUGGGAAAAGUGCUUAUCGAGAAGUUGUUGCGAUCAUGUCCCCAGAUUGCUCGUGUUUUUGUGCUGAUGCGUGCUAAAAGGGGCAAGUCACUCGAGGAUCGUCUAAAACUGAUCACAGAUGGUGUGCUGUUUGAUAUGCUAAAGCGCGAGAAUCCAGAAGUGCUAAAAAAAAUACAGCCGAUCGAAGGUGAUUGCACGAUGUUGAAGUUGGGCAUGUCCCACGAAAGUAUGGAACGCAUGAAAGAUGUGCAAUUCGUGUUCCACGCAGCAGCUAGUGUACGCUUUGAUGAUCCGUUGAAAGAUGCCAUCUUGAUCAACACUCGCAGCACACGGGAAGUUUUAGAUUGGGCCAAAACACUUCGUAAACUCCGAGCUGUUGUACAUGUUUCAACAACAUACUGCAAUCCGGAGCUGAUGCACGUGGAAGAGAAGAUCUACCCACCAAAGAUGGACUGGAGGGAAGCGAUUCGUAUGGCGGAAAUGUUUGAUAACGCUCUCUUAGAAACAGUGAAAGAAAAAUUAACGCAGUUUGCCCCAAAUACGUACACCUAUACCAAAGCACUAGCUGAACAGAUCUGCUAUGAGUAUCGCAACGACAUCCCACUCGUCGUUUUUCGACCGUCUAUUGUGACCAAUACAGAAACUGAGCCCCUCAUGGGAUGGGUGGAUAAUUUCAAUGGUCCCAUAGGAUUGCUGCUUGGCUGUGCCUCCGGUGUAGUAAGGACAGGAUUGCUCGAUCUAGAGAAACGUAUCAACUGCAUUCCAGUUGACGUAAGCAUUAAGGCAAUCAUCGUAGCUGCCUGGAAACGAGCUACUACAGAUGAACAGGGAACACUUCCGGUGUACAAUAGUGCCGCGGAGCCUGAGAAGACGAUAAACUACGGCACAAUGUUGUACGACGGUAAAGUGCUAUUCGAUCGCACACCUUUGAGCAACAUGCUGUGGGCUCCCGGCGGCACUACAACUUCAAAUAAGUACUGCUUCUAUCUCGUAUUUUUCUGUUGUCAAUUGCUGCCGGCCAUAAUUGUGGAUACUCUAUUGCGAGUUGCCGGGAAGGUACCAUUUUUGCUGAGGCUGAAUCGUAAAAUUUUCGACGCACAAGUUUCCCUAAGAUAUUUCAUGAACAACGAAUGGGUGUUUAAAACCGAGAAUUUCAAGGAGCUUGAGUAUACAUUAACUGCUGACGAUAGAAAGGACUUUUCAACCAACUAUUUCGUGCGUGGAAUGAUGGAGUACUACGAAAGUGCUAUUCUUGGCGGCCGGCGAUACUUGCUGAAGGAGCCAGAUGAAAAUAUUGCCUAUGCAUUGAAAAAAUACAAACGUUUACGGGUGUUGAAUUAUACGCUAAAAUUUGCACUAUCAUUCUUGAUUGUGUACUUCAUAUACAACAAGUACAUAGUGUAACAGAAGGAUAGACAUGUUCUAGAUGUGUGCGUACCAGUACUCGGAGAUAAAAUGAUAAAGAAUAUGUGGACCAUAUACACCUGUGUUACUUACUAUCCUUUUGCAUAGAUUCACUGAAAAUCAAAGAGAUCAGCAUUGUCAUUCACAGUGCACACGCGGCUUGUCUGUGCACGAUCAUGAAGUAUUGGCGUAUCUAAUAACAAAUGACCACUUUCACGGCAUGUCUACAUUUCUGUGGUUUGUUUAGCAGGGUCAAACAUAACAGUUUUAGAAUAGCUAAUCAAUAUGCAAAACAGUGUGUGCUUGGCCUAUCGUUGCCACUUAAAUCAGCAAUGAAUACACAAGCAGUACAAUACAUGCGAAUGAACCAGACGACGUUUUAAGCGCGAUCUGAUACGUAAAACUCCCCGCAGGCCCAGUGUAAAUGUCGCCUCGAAACACUGUUUAGAUUGCACUUUGGUAAGUCAUGAAUGUGUUAAUUUUCGGCAACGGUUUGCUCCAGCUCGGUCCUUUGCAUUGUCGUUACCAGAAGCAAGGAAGUAGUGGUGAUGUGUAUAGCAUUAUUUAUUUCAAACUUUUAUAUACUGAUUGUAGCAGUGAACGUGUUUUCAGCUGUUUGAAAAGAUUCAAAAUUGUACGCAAUAAACGAAGAAGAUUAAAAAACAA